UAUAGUUCAAUAUCUGUUUGUCGGUUUGUUGCGCAUACGCUAGGAUUCGUCGUUGUUGGCGCGUAUAGUUAAGUUUACAUUUAUCAUCGUUUUAUAAAAAAAUAAACAAUUACGCAAUUAUUAUGUGAUGAGGAGGUUAUGGUCUUUGAUGAUAAUGUGGUGAUCAUACUUGUUAUGGGGUGUUCAUGAUACUUAUUAAUGUUGUUUACAAAACAACGGAAGUGUUCUAAUUCAAGGUUAUAAUAUUUUAAACUAUGACGCUGUUUCUAAUUUUUAUAUUGUUGAAAUGUUCAGUAAUUUCUUCGUCACAAAACACUCAAAACUGGAUUGAUCCUCAUGAAAUAGUUACAACGGAUACAAGUGUUUUUAAUCCAGAAAAACAGAGAUGUGUAUAUUCGUCAUCAUGUGCAGAAGAAAAGCUAAUAUUAACUCAUUACAAACGUUUGAUAAACUUGUUUCUAAAUUCUGUUACCGCUAACAGGGAUGACUAUUCUAAUUAUAGUGGUCAACUCACAAUUGAAAUGAGCACAAAUGAUUACAAUUAUCUUAAAAGUUUUGCCAAAAGUUCUGACAUUGAUGCAGCCUCUUUACGAAAAGUUGAUAGUAUUUUGACUAACAGUUUCGCAAAAUCUCCUCAAGAAUAUUUCUUUGAUUCAAUUGUAGGUUGGACAGACCAGUUAUAUUUUAAAUUUUACAAUAGAACUACUGGAAUUUUGUUGGUUUUAUUGUUUAUGUGUAUUAUAAGUUACAAACUUUUAAGAGCAAAAUUAAAUAUUUGGACUGUAAUUGGAUAUUUAAUAUUUAUAGGAUGGAUUGUAGAUUUUGCAUUUACUUGGAUGAAAUUGUAUCAGGAGGCUGAAAUAAAUAAAAUGGCAGAUUCACUGCGAUAUGGCUCUGUUCCAGCUAAUUGUGACCCUAACAAAAUGUCAAUUUGGAAUUACAUAUGGAGUACCUUAAGCACUGAUACCGAAUGUAGAAAUUACCAUCAUACAAUGUAUAAAGAUCACUUCUGGAGUAUAGCACCCUUAACUGUUUUCUCCCAUCAAUUUGGAAUUGUAAUUCUUACACCUGCAUCACUUAUUGGAAAAGCUCUUGGCUCAUUUUCUGUAGCAGUUUUAGAUGUAUUACCAUUUUAUGCUAAAAUUGUAGUCUUUCCUUUGCUACUUAUUUUUACUGCCAUACUUAUUUGCAUCAUAUUCUCGUUUCUCACAAAUACCUCAUUUGGCUUUAAUCUUUUACAUGUAAUACAAUUUAAUUUUGGAAACCAUGAAAGGAGAGUGAUAACAGAUUCAUUAUCUGGUGAAAAUUUAAGGCAUCUUCUUAAUACUAUACAAAGGAAUGCUAUUGAAAAUGUUGAAAUACAAAAUGUAAAUCUGUGCAGUGAUUCUUGCAAGAACUGCCAGACUAAAUUGAAGGAUGGUCAAAUUGUAGGUCCAUCAGAUUUAAAAUGUAUAGAAACCAGAAAUGGAGAAAGUGAAGAUGGCAGAUUAAAUGAUUUAAGUUGUAAUAACGAACAUACAUCCAAAAAUGUUUGUGAUGUUAAAUUGACUGACAUAGCAAACAAAAAAGACGACGGAUAUGGUAAUAAACUAAUUGAAGUAGCUUCUACAGAAAAUAUUUCUAAAGACAAAACUUCUGAGUUAUGUGAAGUGCCAGAAAAUUUAGAAAAUAUAGUAAGUUGUACUGGCUACAGUAUGAACAAAGAACAUAACAAAAUAUGUGAAAAAAAGGAAUAAAAAAUUAUAGAAUACCAGGAAAUGGUAGUGGUGAUAGAAAAUGAAAAAUUAAUGCAAAUGUAUUUUUAUUUGACAAUGAAAAGGCUUUUUUGCAUUACUAUAUUCUUUUAAGAUUGUACUAAGCUGAGUAACAUAAAUAAUGUACGAUUUUUAUAAAUGGAAGUAUUUAUAGGUCUGCAUUAAAAAUGAAAAUAAAAAAUUUUAUGUUAAAAUUGAUACGCAUAAAGGAGUUUCAAAGACUCAAAAACAUUUUCUUAAAAAUAGCUAUUCAUAUUUGUAUGCAGUAAUGUUCUUCGUGAUGUUUUUUUUAUUACUUAAUUCAAAUAGGCAAUCCUUGCAGCUAAUUUU